CCCGGUUAUUGUCCGGCGACGGAGGUGGCGGCGGCGGUCGGUGCUGCGGCGGCAGCGGCUCGGCGGGAGUGAGGGCGGGAGCGGCCGAGACGAUGGCUGGAGGCAAAGCUGGAAAGGACAGUGGGAAGGCCAAGGCUAAGGCAGUGUCUCGUUCACAGAGAGCUGGGCUACAGUUUCCCGUGGGCCGCAUCCACAGACAUUUGAAGACUCGCACCACAAGCCACGGAAGGGUUGGUGCCACCGCGGCCGUGUACAGUGCCGCAAUCCUGGAGUACCUCACUGCGGAGGUGCUGGAGCUGGCAGGUAAUGCCUCCAAGGAUCUCAAAGUGAAGCGGAUCACUCCACGUCACUUGCAGCUUGCGAUCCGUGGUGAUGAAGAGUUGGAUUCUCUUAUCAAAGCUACCAUAGCUGGGGGUGGUGUGAUCCCUCAUAUCCACAAGUCUCUGAUUGGAAAGAAAGGGCAGCAGAAGACUGCUUAGAAAGUCGUCCUAACCAGCCCACUUACUCCCACCACCGUGCUGCAACCAGGACAGGAGAUAAUGGGGAUAUGUGGAAUUUUAAACACAGGAAGUGGAAAAGCAUAGACAAUUACUGUAGACAUGGUAAAGGAGACAUUUGUACGUUCUUAGACUCAGAGUUUGAUAAAAGUACCUUUUCACGUGUCAGCAGUUGUGUGUUGAUUGGCUGGGUUUUUCCCAUGGGUUUUAUACAAAAAUGGAAUUGAUAAACCAUUUUUUACAAAAAUAA